UCAAUGCAUUACUUUUCCAGGUUUUAAGAUGCACAAACGACAAUGAAGAACGCACUGGUACACCAGAACAUUCCACAUUUGCCCAAAAGAGUGAAGGACUACAAAUGCAUUCCGAGGGUAACAUCGUGUCCUGUGACACCAAAUGCAACCAAAUGGUGACAACAAACAAGUGCAUGACUAGGUCCACUCAUUCAAGAAACACAGAGUUAAAUGAACAAGAAAUCCUGUCAGAAGCAAAGGAUUCAGAGAUAAAUGGCACAGAAUGUGGAAUCAGUGAAGGGGUCACUGACGAAAAGGAAACAGCGGCCAAUUUCCGUGCUGUAGAUCUUGUUCAGAAAAUGUCCAGCGACUCUGAAGAAGAGACCAGAAGUUUCCUUUGUGACAACAAAAGAGGAAAACCAAUGACUUCGGGAAUCUCACAAGAGUUGCAGAUCAUGAACAAGAAUCUAUUUCUUGAGGACUCUCAUUUCGCCUCUGUAAAAGCAUCAGUCAUCUCUGCCCUUAAAGAAAUUUUGUCUAGAUAUGGAGAGAUUCCUGAAACUGAAGACUUAGUGGACUUUUACAGAAAAUGCCAAGAAGAAAAUGUUAUGAAAUGUGAUACUCUCUCUAUCUCUCAAGAGGAAGAUUCCAGUUAUAAGCUCGUUGUCGACGUCUGUAACUUAAGGAGGCAGAGCCUGACUGUUUGCGUGAAGAACAAAAGGGAAAUUUGUAUUGAGGGAAGACACAAACCAAAGAGAGGAACCCUUCAGCAGUCACAGGACUUCACGAAAUCUUUCCUUCUCCCACGGGACGCUGUCAUUGGUUCUGCCUCUGCAUCUGUCUCUUCCGACGGAUUUCUUUUGAUCUCUGUCAACAAAGAGGGUUCUAUUGAAGCCAAAUCCUAUGUAACUCAUGAUAAGGGAAUGGUUGAGACCACAGUGGCGAAUCAACAUUCUGAUGAGGAGGAGGAAGCCAAAGUGUUUAGAGAUGUUAACAAACUGUCUCAGGAACAUCAAGGACAACAGCAGGUGCUCCACAGAAAUGAAAGAGAACAAGAAUUGGCCUCGGAUUCCUCUGCAGCUUCUAUAGCCAGCUGUGCUUCAGUGGCUACUUCUCAUGGCAUUUCAGAGGUAAGAAUUAGUUUGUAUUUGAUCGAUGAUGUAAAUUGCAUUUUAUAA